AUGGCGGCGCCCCCCCCGCGCGCCGUCGCCGUCCACCUCGGCCCCGGGAACGCGCACCUCGCGACGCGCGCGGACGUCCUCCACACGCCCGGCGUCAGCGUCCUCGCGACGAAUGAUGCAUCUCUUGAAUCGUCGGCACCGACGCGCGACGGCGAGAAGAACGACGCUCAUCAUCGGGCGCCGCCGCGCCGACAACAGACCGUCCGCGGCGUCCUCCUCGCGAAGGAUCACUUCGAGGUGUUGGGGUUCGACUUCUUCGGCGGCGGCGACGACGUGAAGACGGACGCGGAGGUGUUCACGGCGUACGUGCGCGCCGGGAUGGCGACGCAUCCGGCGUCGUGCCACGACGCGGUGAACGCGCCCGCCGCGUUCGUUCGCGUCGGCAAGGCGUUCGCGGCGCUUCGAACAGAGAAGGACAGGAGGGCGUACGUCAACGCGCUCGCGACAGGGCGCAGACGCGAGCUCCCGUCGAGCGACGUCGACGACCCGUUCCCGCCGGGGACGCCGUCCAGCGACGCCGCGUCGAGCGCGUCUUUGUCGUCGUCGAUGGUGGAAGAGGAACUGCUCGCGUUGGAGCUCGAGACUGAACUCGCGCGCUGGGACGCGGAGUUUGGGAACCCGCGCAUGGACGCGCGGCGGUUCGGGCGGUGGGCGUCGGUUCGCGAGGAGGGCGAACUCGCCACGCGGAGCCUGUGGAGGAGCGACUUCGAGGAUAGGAAAGAGCCGGUGUUCAAGCCGCGGCGUCGGAAUCGCGCGAUUUGGGAAGCACGACCGGGGACGACGCGCGACGAUUUUCUCAACGCGGUGUUCAACGCGGAGACCGAGGCGAGGGACGAGUACAAGCGCCGGUGGUGCCCGGAGCUGUAUCACAAGGGCAGACAUCUCGCGGACGUCACGGCGAAGGCGGUCGCGAAAGCGCCGCCGGUGUCCACGAAGACGAACCCGCGCGCUUCGGCCACCAUGGUCGCUAGUAGGAAGAGAGCGCAAGGCAGGACGCGCGUCGUUGAACCGAGCGCGAAGCAAAAGAAGUUCAAUGCCACGGUCCAGGCCAUCCGCGACAACUUCAAAGCGCGCGCGGAUCCGUCGUGCGAGCUCUCUCCGAAGGAAAAGUUCGACGCCGCGCAGCGCGACUUGGAGAAACUCGUCGACGCCAUCGGCGAGUUCCUCGGCCGCAAGCUGCACUUAAGGCGGAUUCUUCUUCCCGAGGACGCGGAGUGGACCGAGAGCGGCCUCAAGGAGAAGUUCAACGUCAUCAUCGGGCACUUCGAGACCGACGGGAUCGGACUCCGCGGGAACUUGCGAAAGCUCCGCGGCGACGGGAAGCGGCUCGUUUCCGACGUCUGGGAUUGGUUUUUUGCUCACAUCGAUGAGACGCCCGCGGCCGGUCGCGCUCGCGCGCCUUCGUUUGUCAUGGGCAACAUGAUUCCCUGGCCUGGGCGUCACGACGCCGGCAAGAUCAUCUUGAAAGGCGUCGGGACGCGCGAGAGGAAGUUGAUCGAGGACUUGAUCGUCGAGGCGUUGAACGCCUGCGGGACGCCCGAACGCGCGGGGGGCUUCGGUCGGCCGGCACGCGAAUGGAUGGCGAAGCACUGCCCUGCGGAUAUGCCCGCGGAGCGCGCCCUGUGGCCCGAGCUGGACGGUGAUGUCCACACCAAGUCCGUUCACAUGUGCUUGGCGACGUCCAUCGGGUCGACGCGGUGGCUCACGGAGCGCUUCAUCCGAGGCAUGGCGGACUUGUUCGUGCACUUCGGCGGGCCGGCGGGCACCUUCGACACGCUCUUGGCGAAGUUCAAGGAGGACGGCCGCCUGCUCGAGAUCACGCCGGAGAUGGCGGCGUGGUUCUCCGAGAGGAUCAAGGAGGGGCAGCAGUACUGGAAGGUGACGGGCCAGUCGAAGAACGCGCCCGGGGUGGGGACGCGCGGGCUGAAGAAGAGAAAGAAGGCGGCGAGGGCGAAGAAGGUGAUGGAGAGGACCGCGCCGGAGAAGGCGGCGACGCGGGAGAAGAUGCUCGCGACGCUGAGCAAGAAGACCGACGCGGAGAAGGCGGCGUCGGAGAAGAAGAGGCUCGCGUCGCGGAGCAAGACGCUGAGCAAGAAGACCGACGCGGAGAAGGCGGCGUCGAAGAAGAAGAUGCUCGCGACGCGGAGCAAGACGCUGAGCAAGAAGACCGCGGCGGAGAAGGCGGCGACGGAGAAGAAGAGGCUCGCGUCGCUGAGCAAGACGCUGAGCAAGAAGACCGUGGCGGAGAAGGCGGAGACGAAGAAGAAGAUGCUCGCGACGCUGAGCAAGACGCUGAGCAAGAAGACCGUGGCGGAGAAGGCGGAGACGCAGAAGAAGAGGUCCGAGACGCUGAGCAAGAAGAAGAAGACGCCGUAG